GUAAUCACUACACUACGUUUUGAUCUCUAUUUUGAUUCUGUUGUCUGUUGUUGUUUUGCUUGUGCUGCGCUAUUAAUUUUAACUGUACAUAGAUAGACCUCUGAAGUUUUCUAAAAAAGAACAAGAUGUAUUUACGUUAUUAUUUAAACGAAAAUGGUGACAGACAAUACACAUUGGCGACCGUGGACCCGAAAGGAAAACCUACACUCUCUGCUCAUCCCGCGCGUUUCUCACCUGAAGACAAGUACUCUAGGCAAAGGAUAACGAUCAAGAAGAGAUUUGGCCUCCUCAUUACACAGCAGCCAGAGCCUAUACAUUAAUUGAUUAGGUUCUGUGAAUAGAUUACAAAUGUAUAUUAUAAGUCAGCCAAAUUACCAUUGGUAAAUAAAUGUAAGACCUAAAUUGGA